CAAUGCAAUUGCAUUCAGAAGCCGGUCAGUUGUGAACGUGUCCACCAAGAGUGUUUGUUGUGCUGCAUUUAUUAAAAGCUAAAGAGUUUGAACUGUUUGUUGGGAUUUGCACAAGCAGUCGUGAGUUAAAAAAAAAUAAAAUAUAAGAAAAUCAAAAAUAGUGGUUAAUAAAAGUACAAAAAUGCGUUUAAGUCAUGCCGUGUGUGUUUUCGUAUUGCUAUUGUGCCUCGUCUGCGCACAAGAUGAGUCCACAACAUCAGCUAGCACUACUGAGUUAACAAGCACAGUGGCUACAACCACAACUUCACCAAUGCCUUCAGCAACUGUUUCUGUCAAAACGAGUGAUGAGAGUGCUGCAGUUGACAGCUCUACGAGUGCUAAUGCUGCAGUGGGUGCGGCGACGUCGAAGAAAUAUUUUACAGUUGGCGAUCUACCCGUUUGCAAACAAAACAGCGCUGAGUUCAACAAUUGCGUGAAAACUAUCGUACAAAAGUCCUUGCAGCGUCUAAAAAAUGGCGAUCGUGAUUUGAAUAUACCGAUAAUUGAUCCGUUCAAAUUGAAUCGCACUACAUUUCAGUACACCAGCGGCACCAUACGCGGACGCAUAAUCAUGCGUGAUGGCUUGACAUAUGGUUUUUCAAAAACCGAAAUAAAAUCGCUCGAUCUCAAAGUACAGGGUGAUAAAGUCACCAUGAAAUCACUUUCAUUUGUGCCAACGAUAACCAUUGUGGGCAAUUAUAAGGCCGAAUUGAUACUAAAUAAUAUACAAUUGCGGCCGAAGGGUGUGUUCAAUGUGACGCUGUUGAAUGUGAAUAUUGACCAAUCGCAUGAGGGUAGCUUCUACGAGGCUGAUGGUCAUCGUUUUGUGCGCAUGUCCAAAUUCGAUGCUGAACCUAAAGUGGGUGACUUCAAACUGACGGCCACCGGUGUGUUUCCCGAUCCCACAUUGAAUGAGCUCGCUGUAAAUAUUGUUAAUCAAUCUUGGCGUCGCAUUUUGCAGAUUUUCCUGCCUGAAACACGUCAAUAUUGGGGACCCAUGCUGCUGCAACAACUCAACGACAUUAUGUCUGUGGUGCCGUAUGAUGUUUUUGUUGUUGAUUAGUAAUAUUUGGAGUUUUUGAGUUACAUUGUAGUGCUAUUAGUGCAGUUAUUGUGUAUUUUAUAGAGCAGCAAAGCAAGUUUGGCGCUUAAGUCUUUUGUUAUCGUUUUCAUUUAAUAU